UCUCUCUCUCUACCCAAGUGUUCAACAGUUCCGUGUUUACGGCUUCUGUGCGGUGGGGGUUUCCUUUGUGCGCGUACAGCAGGGACAGGGUGGAGCUGAGGGCGGGAUGCUCCGACGGGAACGGACGCACCGCCUGUCUAUUGGACCAGAAGCACAAGACGAGCGAAGCGCCUGUGAGAGUCCGCCGGAGCUUUUAGGACUUGGCGUGUUUUUUUGUUUUCUCCGGGACGGGAGGUUUGGAAAGACACCUGUCCGCCGAGGCGCAUAUCCCGACAGCUCCGUCCGAGGCUGAAGCAUGGACGCGCUCCAAGCCUUUUUAUUAUUAUUGAUAAUAUUAUAGGAGCUGCCGGCGACAGCGGCGCGUAAAGUUGGUUUUUCUUCCCUUUCGUCGCGCUUAGUUUUUUUUUCUCAGCUUUAUGAGUUCGCCGCUGUUUCUAGGUCAGCUGCUCGGGGUUCCGUUAGAAAUAAUGCCCCCCACCAUGGAGAAGGACACAACUUACACCAAGAUCUUCGUCGGCGGGCUGCCUUACCACACCAGCGACGCCUCACUUCGGAAAUAUUUCGAGACUUUCGGGGACAUCGACGAGGCGGUGGUGAUCACGGACAAGCAGACGGGAAAAUCCAGAGGAUACGGCUUUGUGACCAUGGUGGACAGGGCAGCAGCAGAGCGGGCGUGCAAAGACCCGAACCCCAUCAUCGACGGCAGGAAGGCCAACGUGAACCUGGCGUACCUCGGUGCAAAGCCCCGCAGCUCACAGACAACUCUUCCAGCCGGAGUUCACCAAGUCCUUCCUCCGUGGACUCAGAGGCAAUACGGGUUCACCCAGCAGUACGUCUACCCGCAGGCGUUCCUCCAACCCAGCCUCCUGCUGCAGUCUCAGCUGAGCCCCACGGCGACGGCUCUCGCCUCCCCUUACCUGGAGUACAGCUCUGCCUACAGCCCGUACGCCGCCGUGUCAGGACUGGAGCAGUACCCCUACGUCCCCUCCCCGUCGCCCUCUACAGGCUACCUCAGCUACAGCUUCUCCCCCGGUACACCGACGCCCGCUCUAACCGCUCCUCCGACCCCUCCGGCCGCCAUCCAUCCUCCUCUAGCCGCGCUCACCGCCGUGUCGGCCACACCGCCAGCCUUCCUCCAUUAUCCCCUCCACCAGCCUGACCGAAUGCAGUGAGCAGACCUGAGCGGCGCUGAAACUGCAGACUAGACCAAUCCAAACCGGGCGACUGCUGAUUGGAGACGUUAUCAGGGCAAGACUGGACCUGGGGAUGUGGGUGGGAGUGCGGAGUUAUAAAAAGGGCUUUUUGAGAGAUCUCUCACUCCUGUUUUUUUUUGUUUUUUUUAUAUAUAUAUAUAUAUCCUAGGUGUAACAGAAAAUGAUAACGAUCACCCUGCAUUGUCGUCAGCGCUCACUGUGAAUGUUUUCCGAAACUGGAGUCAGUCGUGAUCAGUCACCUUUAAGAUGCUUCUUGUUGGCAGUCAGACUGCAGGAGGGAACGCGAAGUAAAGACGAGGAGGAAAAACGUCUUUCUGCCGUGUUGCAGCAGCUGCAUUUUCUCCAAAGGUACUGCACUGAAUGCUGGACCUCAGCCAACCUGAGAGCCAGGCUCUCUCUGAAACACGGGGCCAGUUACCUCUGCUUCAAGGUUACCUUUACGUCCGUGGCCCUGAGGAUUUCUCUCUGUGCCCGACUUAUCAUUUUUAUUACUCUCCUUCCGAAAAUGAACAAAUAUGUUUAUCGUAACCCCUUUUUGUUCCCGUUAUCUACUGCUAGGAAGUUAUAACACGAGGAUCCUCACAGAAUAUGCAAUUACGAUGACUAAGGAUGAGUAAGAUUGAGGUAGGCAACACUGGCGUUUAGAUUUUGUUGUUGUUUUUUUUUUUUUCUAUUCCUAGAGCAUUACUCAGAGCACAACUCUGUCAGGAUUAAAACACAAUGUUCCUGAGAUUACAUUUCUUAGCUGCUUUUUACCUCUCUUUUUUUAACCAAUGACAUUUGGAGCAAAUGUGUCUUUAGGACAAUUGUUUUUCUUUCAUUUUCAUUUACUCUGUUGUCAAUGCAUCCAGGUUUAGAGCCCUCCACACCUAUUAGCAGCCCUGGGUAAUUUGUGUAAGAAGUCUUAAAGUAUAUUUAUCUUUUAUGUCAGUAUAAUUAUCUCACAUUGAAAGUUUAAGCAACGCCUCCUGGGACCUCUGAGCUUAACUGUGAUGCAACAUGUUUAUCUUUACAUGUUCAUUUUUAAGUGGAUCUGUGUCACAGGGGUUUAAUAACGAUCUACUGCUUCUGUCCCUGGGUUUUAAAUAUGACACACACACAAAAGUAACAACUUACCUUAGCCACUCAAACAGA